CGCGUCUCCUUCUAGAAAGAAUUGCACGACCUCAAUCGCAGGUUCACUUUCCUACUAGAGCAGUGGCGAAGGAGCGUUGCUCAUCGGAGACUCCGGCCCUCGAGUCCAGAGUCAUUCGUUGCGGCUCCAGUACAUCCUCCACAUCAGCGUCGCGAUACGAUAUUGCUACAACGUUGUUAAAACACGUCGAGACUUGGCACUGGGCUAGACGCUAUGCUCGCAGUCUCCACCCACCAAUCUGUGCUAAACCGCUUACGAGGCUGUCACAAAGGGAAUGAGACCGGGUACACGCGUUGCGAACUGACUAUUGAGGUGUCAAGCAGGUCUCAAUACACGGCUCACAUUCAAUGACAACGAAACUUCCGUCGAGCUCGUCGCUACGCAUUGCGGUGACGCGACACGAAACACACUUGGUCGAGCAGACACCUUCAGAGGAUUCAACAUUCUCUGAGCCCCUAGCUCACGAUCUAGGAGUCUUCCACUUAGAUCAACCAUCGAGGAAAGAGUGCUCUCGAUUUUCUUCUGUAAGGUUAGCUCCACACGAUAUGACUGACACCUACAGUCUCCUCGCCAUGCUACAAUGCUAUCGGCGGCAAUCCUCUCUUGCUCGAGUACAAACCGCAACGAGACGAGUUUACAUCUCGCUUUUCCAGAUACUACGCUAUACCUUAAACAUAACAGCACCGCAGGUGAUGACACCAGUCACGCUCGAUCACUGCGCUCAAUGUGCCGUAAAGUUUUCUUCUGAGCCUACCCGUCUCGCCAACGAAGUAGAUAUUUAUGACUACAAAUGGUGGCUGACGGCUGGUAGUCCUUUGACGGACUUGGUAAACGCGAAGUUACAUGAUAUGUGGCUCUUCCUGCUUGCAUUGACUACUCAUGUUGAUGCAUCUGUACUUAGUAUACGAACUAACCCAAGGUGUCUCAGGUGCGCAAGGCUCGUCCUUAAUCACUAACAUGUACACAGUGUCCAUACCGCUCCCCUCUUCGUAGCUACCUGACACCAGAAUUACGAAAACUUCAAU